AUGAGUUUCAUCGAAAAUCUUCUUAAAACGUAUUCGAAUGUUCAUGUGCAUGAUGAUAAACGGAAAGAUGUUGAAGAAGUUAUUCGUUCAUUGAUUAAUGAUGGACGAAAAAUGUUGCAUGUUGUAACAGAUUUUGAUUAUACAUUAACAAUGUAUGAAAAAGAUGGAAUUAUUGUACCUUCGACAUUUGGUGUUAUCGUAAACAACGAACAACUCACUCUACCUGAUGGUUCAUUCGUUCGUGAUCGAGCUGCUGAAUUACGUGCAAAAUAUCAUCCGAUUGAGCAUGAUGUUCAUUUAACUGUAGAAGAAAAAACUCCACAUAUGGUUGAAUGGUGGCAUCAAUUACAAUCUCUUCUUCUUAGAUCAAAUCUCAAUCAAUCAUUCAUACAUCAACUAGUCAAUCAAUCUGAAUUGCAUUUACGAAAUGGCGUACGAGAAUUUAUUACAGAAUUAUUACAAAGUCAAACGCCGAUUCUCAUCUUUUCCGCUGGUCUAGGUGAUGUUAUUGAACUUUGUUUAAAAAAAGAAAUUCCUGAAUUCAAACAUAAUCAUGAAUCUUCACACAUUGUUUCAAAUUUUAUUCAAUACGAUUCCAAUGGCUCUUUGAUAUCAUUUAGUAAAAAAGUGAUGCAUUCACUAAACAAAAAUGAACAUGAACUGCAUGAUACAUCCUAUUAUCAAUCAAUUCUUAAACGUCCGAAUGUUAUUCUACUCGGCGAUUCGCUCGGUGAUGUUGGAAUGGUCGGUGGAAUGAAAAAUUUAAAACAUGUCCUCAAAAUAGGUUAUUUAAAUCGAAGUACACCAGCAAAGUUAGAGGUGUAUAAAAAUGUUUUUGACAUCGUUAUCUGUGAUGAUCAAUCUUUUCAUAUUCCAAAUGUCAUAUUAAAUGCAUGCUAA